UUCAAAUGCUAUCCGCGGACGGGCGGCUCAUUGUCAGGCGAGUUGCAGUGCGAGCAGGAGGGAGAGAACACUUGUACAGGUACAACAGCAGCAGCUGCAGGAGCACCACCACCACAGCAUCACAGAAAACACACUCAACUGAGAGAAGAUGGAAACCGAUAGAGUGAGAUUCUCUCCAGGAAGAAGUCCUCCUCUCAGAGAUGAGCUCAGGCAACCGCCCCAGCACAGUUUCUACCUAGGUCCAACUCCACUCUAUAUGAAACCCCCAAAGUUCUCCCCUCCCAGUUACCCCAGCAUCCCACCCACCAGGGACGCCUACAGGAUGUUCAGCUCACCUGCUUUCUUUCCCUUGCUUGGCUCUGGGUACACUCCAAAGGAGGGAUCCCAAAAACGCAAAAGAACUCCUUUCAAAAUGGACGCCCAAGGAGGUGAAUCCCCUGACAGAGGAGAGGUGGAGGCAGGAGAGAGCGGCAGUAAGAAUACAGUAGACCUCUCCCACAUCCCCUUGUCUCUCCCCCUUCGCCCCAUUCCUUCCCCAGCUCCAAAACCCCACCCGGGUAUGAUCGAGCUCCACAGACUGCAGCUUCACCAGCGAUCGCCGGGUAUGAAUCUACCUGUGCAGGUGAAACAGGAGCCUCUCAGUCCUUCCCCAGUUUGGCCUCCCUCUCCUCUCCUUUUCCAUCCUCCUUUCUUCCCACCUCUCCACCACAGCCUCCUCCCUUACCCCUUCUUCAUGCCCGGACCUGUCAUGCACCUCUCCCCCGGUGCUUUCUACCCCAGAGAGGGUUUCCGACCCGGUCAUCGCACCCGCGACCGAGCUCCCCGAGGCGGGGCAGCCAGCGCUGAGAAGCUCGGGUUGGACGUUCACGUGGAUGACAGCUACUAUGUGGAUGUCGGAGGCGACCAGAAGCGAUGGAAGUGUCGCAUGUGUGACAAGUCGUACACCUCCAAGUACAACCUGGUCACGCACAUCCUGGGCCACAAUGGCAUCAAGCCGCACGGGUGCCACCUGUGCGGGAAGCUCUUCAAGCAGCUGAGUCACCUGCACACUCACCUGCUCACACAUCAGGGCAUGAGACCCCACAAGUGCCAGGUGUGCCACAAGGCCUUCACCCAGACCAGCCACCUGAAGAGGCACAUGAUGCAGCACAGCGACGUGAAGCCAUACAGCUGCAGCGUGUGUGGCCGAGGCUUCGCUUACCCCAGUGAGCUGCGUGCCCACGAGCUGAAGCACGAGAAGGGCCAGGAGAACGUGUGCGUGGAGUGUGGUCUGGACUUUCCCACACUCGCUCAGCUGAAGAGGCACCUGACCGCCCAUCGGGGACCCACCCUGUACAGGUGCGCAGAGUGCCAGAAGACUUUCCAGUACCCGAGUCAGCUGCAGAACCACAUGAUGAAACACAAAGACAUCCGACCACACAUCUGCAGCGAGUGUGGGAUGGAGUUCAUCCAGUCGCACCACCUGAAACAGCACACGCUCACUCACAAAGGCGUGAAAGAGCAUAAGUGUCGCAUCUGUGGUCGUGAGUUUACCCUGUUGGCCAACAUGAAGCGCCACGUCCUCAUCCACACCAACAUUCGGGCCUACCAGUGCCACAUGUGCUUCAAGAGUUUCGUCCAAAAACAGACUCUCAAGGCUCACAUGAUCGUCCACUCGGACAUCAAGCCCUAUAAGUGCAAGCUUUGUGGAAAAGAGUUCAACAGGAUGCAUAAUCUGAUGGGCCACAUGCAUCUGCACUCAGACAGCAAACCCUUUAAAUGCCUCUACUGCCCGAGCAAGUUCACGCUGAAAGGAAACCUCACCAGACACAUGAAGGUCAAACAUGGCGUCAUGGACAGAGGGCUGGAUGAAAGAUUGUUUAGGCAGAGGGGCCGUUUCUGCCUGACCGCUCCAAUGGGCCUCCUCACCCACCUCGGCCAAGAGGAGCCGUUUGACCUUUCCCAGAAGCCACCGGGCCUGCCCAGCCUUCGUCUCGCCCAGUCUGAUGGCGAGAGUGUCCCGGGGAGCUCGUGUCAGGAGGAGGAGGAGGAUGAAGAUAGCUUGUACAGAAGGAGCCAGUACAGCCCGGAGGUGGACCAACACGAGGCUGCAGGCGAGGAGCAGUACAGCCUUAAGCUGGAGGAGAGAGGAGAGGGAUCUCCAGACGAGAAACAGAUGUACCAGCAAAGUUUGACUCAUGACACGGGGGCUGCAGCAGAAGAAAAAGGAUCAUCUGUAGAUCCCAGAGGUGACCAGGUCCGACUCCUGCAGUCAGAAACCUCCUGUGGAUCUGAUUCAGAGCUGGAGGAGGAGGAAGAGGAGGAGGCGUACCACCAUGAAACACGCCACAGACAGUCGUGUGACUCAGAGAUGGAAGAUCUUCACCAUGAUUUAGAUGAGUCAGAGCAAAGCAAACAGCAGUUGGUAGAUUUUCAUGAGGCAGCGAUCAAUGUGGCAGAGAGAAACCAGAGCGAAGUGAGGGAAGGUCAAUUUAUAAGCACAGAGGAUGAAGAAGGGCAGAGAGAAUGAGGAAAAGUAGAGGAAGAAUUAAAGGAAGAAUUAGAGGAAGAUGCAGGUUUUGAGGGACGCUGAUGUUUUGGAUGUACAGGAUGUUUAGGAGACACUCCCCAGAAAAGAGAGGAAAGUGAGUAGGUCUCUAAACAUAACUUAAAAAUAAAGCUCUGAACUGGAAGGGAAAUGUGAACACAUCCCUGAACUGAGAAAAUAAGUGAAAUACAAAAGCUGUGAUUCAAACUGCAUGUAGAAAACAUAUCAUGUAGUAGAAGGUUGAGUGGAACCUUUUGAUUAGGACGUAGCUUUUCAAUGAAUAAAUCGCAUUAAGAUAUUUAAUAUUGUUGUUUUUUUACAAAUAUUUUUGCAGUGUGAAAACAAAUACGCAAUUUUGAUUAAAUUUUGACUUAAUUUUUAUGUAAAUAUAUGAUACUAAAAACUAAGAAUUAGGUUUAUUGGGGGGGAUGUGAACUCAUUGCAUUUUAUAUGACAAAGGUUGAUGAAAUAAACUGUGAUUUUAUUUUUUAUAUCUAACGUUUAGAUUUUUUUCUUACAUUACUUUUCUAGUUUUGGGGAAUGGCUGUGUCUUUAAUGUAUGACAGUGAUGAUAAGUGAUUCUUCUAUUAAAUAAAGAGAAAAAAAAAAUAC